AUGGAAAUGGCUCUAGAGGAAAUUAAUAUUCGUGAUCAUGGCGAUGAAGUACUUGAUGAGAAUUAUAAGUCAAUUAAAGCUAGGUGUAAGUACUGUGCUAAAAUUGUUUCUGGCUUUCAUAGGCUUAAGCUCCACUUAGCAGGUAUUCGUGGAAAUGUAACUCCUUGCUCGGAGGUUCCUACGCCUGUGAAAGAAGCAUUUCAUGCUGAGAUUCUUGCUAAGAAGAGAAUCGACUUUGAUGCUAUCAGAUCACCUAGCUUCCGAAGGAUGGUUAAAGCCACCCUUAGUCCCGGGCAGACAAUAAAAUUCCCUAGUUGUCAGGAGUUGAAUGGUUGGAUCCUUGAGGAUGCAGUGCAAGAGAUGCAACAGUAUGUAACAGAAAUCAGAAAAUCAUGGGCAAGCACAGGGUGUAGUAUCUUGCUAGAUGGAUGGAUAGAUUUAAACAAUCGAAAUCUGAUUAAUAUCCUAGUGUACUGCCCGAGGGGUACCAUUUAUCUUCGAUCUUCAGAUAUAUCAUCUUUCAGUAGGAAUUUCGAUGCCAUGCUAUUAUUUCUCGAGGAGAUUCUGGAGGAAGUUGGAGUUGAAAAUGUCGUCCAAAUUGUUGCAUACACGACAUCUGAUUGGAUGAUGGAAGCAGGCAAGAAAUUGAUGGACAAAUGCAAGACAGUGUUUUGGAGCAUAGAUGCUUCAUAUUGCAUGGAACUGAUGUUACAGGAAGUAACAAAGAUAGGCUGGAUAAAAGAAGCUUUGGAGAAGGCAAAAAUGUUGGUCCAAUUUAUCUACAGCCAUGCUACGGUCCUGAAGCUUCUAAGAGAUGCUUUCUCUGAGGCCGAGCUUGUAAAGUCUUCCAAAAUAAAGGCAAUUGUGCCUUUUUUGACUCUGGAAAAUAUUGUCUCACAGAAAGAUGGGUUAAUUAGGAUGUUUCAGUCGUCUACUUGGCAAACCUCACUCUUGGCUUCUACGAGUGAGGGGAAAGGAAUGUCCGAAAUGAUUAAAGAUGAAUCAUUUUGGACUGAGGCUUUGAUGGCUGUAAAAGCAACCAUUCCGCUUGUGGAAGUUAUAAAGUUUCUGAAUGGUACUAAUAAGGCACAAAUGACACAUGGAACAAAUAUCUGCACAGUCCUCUCCAUGACGCGGGUUACUAUUUGA